CGGUUAAAAAAUCUAGUCAUAUAUAAUAAAACAAAAACUCAUUUACACAUAAGAAGAAAAACAAGAGAGGAAAUUAAAAGUAGGACCAUGUUGAGAAUAGAAUAUAUAACGGCAAUAAAAAUUGCAAGCACAGAGAAAAUAGGUAUGCACAUACGAUAUGUGUCCAUUAAGAUAGAUCGAUGUCCAUACAACCAAAAGCGAAGUGUACACAAUCUCUUUUUUUUGGUCUGAUCUUAUUGCCUAAUAGAUCGAAGAGAAAAUAAAACGACAUUAUAAAGGGCAAUGUAUACUAAAAAGUGGUGUGAAAUCGGGAAAUGAUCGAAGAAAGACAAUUAAUAAUGAAAAUUUUAAAUAAAGAAAAAAGGAAAGGAAAGAGGAAAGGGUCAAGAGAGCAUAUAUUCCCUUCUCCAACAGAACCCCACUCAUGUUUCCAGAUAUGGAGUGAAAGGAGAAAGAAAAAGAAUAACAGCAACCACUCCAAAGAUUUGUAUAUAAAUCCUCCAUAUCUUUGCCAACAAACCCAACAAUCUCUGAAAACAAAUAACCUUUCGUUUUUUAUUUAUAUCUCUUGGGUGGCUUGUUCUUAAUUGUAAACUCUAGAGAGAGAUUUGUAUGUGUUUAUAUAUUAAUGGAGAGCAACACUAAUAAUGGUAAUAAUCACAAGGCAAAGGUGAGUCUUGUGUUGUCAACAGAUGCUAAGCCCAGACUGAAAUGGACUUGUGAGCUUCAUCAGAGAUUCAUCGAAGCCGUUAAUCAACUCGGUGGACCUAACAAAGCAACACCUAAGGGUCUGAUGAAGGCUAUGGAGAUCCCUGGGCUUACCUUGUAUCAUCUCAAGAGCCAUUUACAGAAAUAUCGGCUAGGGAAGAGCCUAAAAUUCGAUGAUAACAAGCUAGAAGUUUCCUCAGCUUCAGAAACCCAAGAAGCUGAGAGUAAAAACGAUUCUGGAAAUUUUAGAGGCAAUGUCAACCAAGAAAACAACGAUCCAGCUAACGAAGGCUUGAAAAUCACGGAGGCUCUACAACUGCAGAUGGAAGUUCAGAAGAAACUUCAUGAACAAAUCGAGGUUCAGAGGCAUUUGCAAGUGAAGAUUGAGGCACAAGGAAAGUAUUUACAGUCAGUUUUAAUGAAAGCUCAACAAACUCUCGCUGGCUACACAUCUGCCAGUCUUGGCAUGGACUUUGCUAGAAGCGAGCUCUCUAGAUUAGCUUCAAUGAUGAAUCCGAGUUCUUCCUUCUCAGAGCAAACGCAAGUGGAAGAUUACGAAGAAGAAGGAUUCUUGUGGUGCAAGAAACCAGAAAACAGAGAAAAAAGACAGCCAAGAAGUUCAGUUGAGAGCUCGCUGACAUCUUCAGAGAGCUCAGAGACAAAACUGAAUAAUAAUAACGAAGAGAGGAAAUCGAUGGAGCUUCCAUUGAUGGAGAUCAAAUCAGAAGCGAUGACGGCGAAGAAGACUAAGAGAAGCUUAAAUGACGUCCUUUGCGUGGAACAUCAGCCUCUAAAGAAAAGAGAUUUUGGAGUUGACGAUGAUGAUGAGCAGCACUUGAGGUUGAGUUUGAAUAGUUACAAGCAAGACAUGGGGACGUGUCCAAACAUGGACUAGGGUUUAAGUGAAAAAAAAACAUUAAUAUAAAUAUUUUAAGAAAAUCCAAUAUACAAAUAUGCGUAGAUUUCCAUAGAUAAUAUAAAUUCAGGGCGAAGAACGCAUGGGAAUAUUCUACAUGAGUCAACAUGAUUUAUAAUAUAGAAAAAAAAAUGUGUGAUAUGUGUGUACAGUUUAGGUGGGGAGGUUUGUGGAUGUGGUAAAGGCGGGAACUUUUUAUGAUCAAUGAAAGAAACAAAAUGAUUAGAGUAGAGUGAGCUUUUAUUAUUAUGUCCCGACCAUGAUAAGCAUGUAGGCUUCUCAGUGGUUAUUUUAGGCCUGGGCAUUUUACCCGGACCCGAGGACCCGAUCCGGAACCGACCCGAAAAUACAGGUUCGGGUCUAGAACCGCAACCGAGAAUUUUACCCUAUUGGGUCUAAAGAUGGAGGACCCGCGAGUAGCAGGUUCGGGUCCAGAACCGACCCGGGACCCGAUCGGGUAUUUUAAGAACCGAAAGUUAGUAGACUUUAUUAGUCUUUAUAUGUGUUUUGGGUCUACUGCAGGUUUUCAGAUUGUAUUUUUUUAUGGUUAUUGCUCGUUAUCAAAAUUUCAAGUUUGGCGAUCGGGUAAAAUUAAAGAUUCAUGGGUACAAGUAGACCCGAAACACAUAUUUUAGACCAAAAAUAUAUAGAACUGACCCGAAAAAAUCAGGAACCGAUCCGAAAAUGUGCCAUCUACCCGAAUAUGGACCCGAAAUACUUGGAUCCGACCCGAAACAUUAAAGAACCGAAAAAAAUUUGGGCAUUAAUGGGUAUGAGAAAAAUGGACCCGAACCGACCCGGACCCGACAAGACCCGACCCGGAACCGACCCGAAUUUUUUAAAGUACCUAUGUGGGUCCAAAACUCCAGGACCCGAAAGACCCGGACCCGGAAAGACCCGACCCGAACCCGACCCGAGGACCCGGAUGCCCAGGCCUAGGUUAUUUUAUGACAAGACAAACCAUAUUUACUUGAGGUCUCAAAAAUAAAUUCGAAUACCUUACUUAGUUAUAAAUAAAUGUUUUAAGUUUUCUUCGGAAACCCCAUGUAAAGGUGGUAAUACUAGUUAUGAAUCUUUUGUAACAUAGAGGAAGCGAGUCACGUGUUCAUGAAAAUCUUAUCACUUUGUUAAAUAACAUUUUUUAUUUUGCAAAAUUUGUGGAAAUUAAAAUAAUUUUUUUUUUGUUUUAAAUAGCAUUCUCAACUUUGUUUUGAUGGUUUUUACUUCUAAAUUGACAUAAACUUACUUGCGUUACCACAAUUAGACAUCUAAUUUGACAUAAAAUUAGAGUUGACAGGGCUCGUGGACUAAAAAAAUCAAACAGAACGAAACCGAACCGAACCUAAACGACACUUUCUAACCAUUCGGUUGCAUAUGUGUCAAUUCAGAUGGUUCAGUUUGGUUUGGUUUUAAACCGAAAUGAAUCGAAAAACAAAAUAUUUGUUUAAUUAGAUUAACUGUAUAUACUAAUAAUAUUCAAAUUUAAAAUAUUUAACUAUCUAAUAAACAAAUAAACAUAGUUUUAACGUUAUAUCAAAAUGAAUAAACAUAAUAUUUAACAGUUAAAAUAAAAGAACAUGAAUUUCUUACACUGUCACUACAAGAAAACACCGGGAUUCCAACGACAAAUAUCGUCGGUAUGUCCUCGGAAUAACGGUAUUCCGAGGAUAUACUGACGAGAAUUAUCGUCGAAAAAUUCUCGUCGGAAAGUAAAAUUUUCUCGGAAUUUCCUUAGAAAAUUCUGAGAGAAUACCGAGAAUUAAAGAUUCCGAAGACAUUCCAAAAAAAUAUUUCCUAGGACUGUUCGUCGGUAUCUCCUCGGAGCUUUCCGAUGGAACGGUCCUCGGAAACAUUCCGAGAGAAAAGAGGUAUCGGAAUAUUCCGACGAACUUCGGCCGUCGGAAUAUUCCGAGAAACCUUAGCCGUCGGAAUAUUCCGAGGAAGUUUAUCCGUCGGGAUAUUCCGAGGACCUUCACCCCUCAGAAUAUUCCAAGGAAAUUGUUGUCGGAAUAUCCCGAGGGAUACACUUCCUCGGAAUAUUCUCAAAAUUAAUUUAUUUUUAAAAACUAAAAAUUUAUUUAUUUUAUUUGAAAUUUGAAAAUAUAAAAUGACAUGUCAUCAAAACCGAAAAUCUACCUAUAAUAUUUAUAUUAGGUUCAAAAAUAAUAGUAUUAAAUUAUUAGAUACAUCUUCUACAUUUUAAUUAUGAUGUUUACAUUUACGUUUAAAAUAUGAAAAAGUAAUAAUCUAGUAUCAAAUGAUAAUUUUUUUAUGUUUUAUAAAUUAUUUUUUUUAAUCGAAAUAGAAAUGAAUUAAAACCAACUUGAGUGAACUAA